AUGCAAAAGGAAACUCGUAUCAACGACGAUGGUGGAGCUCCAGCAUCGCCUAGCGCAGAUUAUGGCUUGAAGGUGGGUGAUGGGUUCGAUCCUUCGAGCAAGGGCGUAAACAAAGUUGGGUUAUCCCCAAUACAGGAAAAUGAUGCCUUUCUCGAUGCUGCUUCAAAUGACAUUGACAGAGUGAGUAAGAUAGACUUGAGUGGCCAAGAGCAGGGUCAGCACCAUUCUCUACGCCAAGAUGAAACGUCCUCAGAGCGCAGUAACGAACAAGCUUCAGGAAUAGAGAAGCUGGCCAGUUUCUUAUUCUCUCGUCAGCAUCUAGCCUUUGUCUUGCGGGAUAAAGAUUUGUUACUAAAAUUCAGACUUUUUCUCACGACACAGCGGCCUCAUUCGCUUUCGCGUUUGAAGUGCUUCGACAGACUCACCAAGGCACUAAGAUGUCUUGAGUAUGCGGAAGCGAUCGUACGCGAUUUGAAAACCGAUAAUCCUGACCAAAGCCUUGUGGGCCUAGGGAGCAUCUCAAUGCCAUGGCUCGUUCAGGACAAGCUGGAGCUAGUGCUUGACUCCCUUGUCCAAGACGAUUUUAGAAAUUUCGUCAUCGGUUACUACAGCCAUGAGAUCGAACAGGCAUUGACCGCUCAGGUGAGUGGUAAGCGAAACACGUCGGCCAAAAUACUUGGAAACGUGGCCGAAGUCUUCGUUCUUUCAGAUCCUGCGAGAUCUGACAAUCCUAUCAUAUUCACCUCGGAAGGAUUCCAACAGAUGACAGGUUACCAAAGAGACGAGGUGUUAGGACACAAUUGCCGUUUUCUCAAUGGUCAAAGAACCUGCAAGUUAGGUAGAGGCCGCUUUCGGUCUGCGAUAGAUGGUGGGAAACAGCAUUGCGAGCUACUUCUGAAUUACUCUGUCAAAGCCUCGGAUGCGUCUCAGAUGCAAAACUUUGUUCUUGACUGUAUUGCUGACCGUGUAUCUGGGAACGUCCGAUACUUCCUUGGGGCGCAAUUUGACGCGACAUCAUUGCUGCAUAGCAAGCGAACUUUACCAACGGUGCAGGACUUCCUCGACAACCAAGGCGGAGUACAACGAACCGACUCUCAGGCCGAUGCCAAAGUAGAAGACUCGGAAAAAGUGGCUUUUGAGAACUUUCUAAACGCUUUGGAUGCAGACGACAUAGAGAACACACGAUCGAGUUUGAUGUCUAGUCAGCAAAUCAUUGGGUCAACAGGCGGUGCCAGCCAGGGGCAUACAGCCCUUCACAAUGACUCUAGAGGUUUUGAGAAGGGGACGACUUUCUCUGAUUCAAUCCCUGCGCCUCCAGCACUAGGAUUUUAUUCACACGUCAUUUUUACAUCGCAAGACUUGGGGAAUUUGAAUCUAGUCCAGGCUCCGCUUUUGAGCUUGAUUGGUGCGAGUACGCGAAUUCUGCAAGCUCUAGUGCAGGCCUUAGAGGCCGGGAGGAAGGUCACUGCGAAAGUCAAGUGGCUUCGAAGCAAUCAGAGAAUCAGCGAAGUUUGCUGGAUCCACUGCACUCCACUGCUCGGGCCUGGAGAUGUCGUUGGCGUCUGGGCUAUCAUUCUCGUAGAUGCUGAGGAAGGUGGCUCUGAUUCUGCUCCACCUACAAGUCCUUACGCACAAGAAUCAUCUGGUUCACCUUCCCAACCCUUCAACUCCGCACCGGCCCUUCCUUGGGAAAGUGUCGAUGCAAUCAGCAGUGAAAGCGCAAACUCGGAGCCAAUUGACUCAGCUGAGAGGAAUCCUUACAGAGCGCGUCCUUCAUUGCAAACUUUGCAGAGACAGUCUGCCACUCAAUCGAGGCCGAGAUCAGGCGACGCUCAGUUAAGCGAUUCAUCUCAAUAUGAGGAUAGACCACGUGCCAAGCAGACCAUAUCUGCGAGUCGAGAGGCAUCUACGUCUUCUGUACGAACGGAAAUGGGACCAAAAUUGCGAGCUCCUGGGUCGCCUUUAGCAGAUGGGCUAGAGUUCCAAAAAUUUGAUAUCCAAUCUAAUAAGUCUAAUAAUGGUGUCAAGGCAGCUAGUGGCAUCCCGACGCGGAAAACAUAUAAAUCACUUUCUCCAUACGGUGUAUUGUUUAAGGAUUAG